AUGCGCUUCUCGCUCCUCAGCAUUGCCAUGGCCGCUCUCGGCUCCUUCACCACCGCCACUGCCGCCGCCCCGCUGGAUGCUCGGGGCGUGGCCGUGCCCGCCGAGGGCGAGUGGCUCGAGGCCAGCGUCGCCCAGCAGCGCCGCGAGGCCCUCCUCGAGUCCGGCCUGGAGUCUCGUGGCCUCGAGGGUCCAUUCCAAACCGUCGGCACCGGCUGGACGGGACUGCAGUUCCACCACACCAACUUCCAGCUGAACACGUGCUACUUCAGCCCGUUCAACUACGAGCAGCAAGUGAGCUUCUUCCACAACACGAGGUCCUUCGGCCCCGCCAAGGGCUACCAGUGCGCCCUCUACAGUGGCUACAACAACUGCGCGGACAACACCAAGAUUGUCGACCACCUCGCCUACCCCGGAAAGGACAACUUUGGCGACAAGAACGCACACUGGGGAAGCUACUACUGCUGGAAGGUCUAA